GCGUGACACAUCCCAUUCUGGCACCUGCUUACCGCGUCGCAGGAGAAUCUUCCUUAUUUUAAUAAUAAUUUAUUGGAGUUUUCCUCUUUCUUUUUGUUUUUCUCUUUUAAAUAUCUGAUGUGGGUUCAGGUAUUCUCUCAUCUGCAGUACACACUUACAGUCUGUACUCUCUGGAGCUCCGAGACGAAAAUGUAACGAUCCUCUCCUUCCUCUGACGCAUCCUCUUGCAAAUGAAUAAAUGAGUUCAUUUGGAGUCCUGGAAUUGUAAAGAGUUAGGGUUUCAGUGCACUCUUCAGGUUCCGGAGUUUCUUGAUAUAGUGCGAUGGGAAAGUCCCCAGGAAAAUGGAUCAAAACAGUCCUUUUCAUGAAGAAAUCAUCAAAAUCGAAGUUAUUAAAAAGAAGAGAACUUUCGAUUUCAUCCAAUAGGGAAGAGCUGAUUCCAGCGUCUGGUUUGAUUUUGAACCCUGGACUGGAUUCACAUCCAGUUUUGGCUUCUAGUGCUAAAAAUGGAAUGGACUCAAAUGAGGGAGCAGCUGCUGAACUACCAAAUACUGAUGUUGUUUUACAGUCUCCAAAGCACGAUGAUGAUCCAGAAGCAGUUAUAGAUUUGAGUCCACCAGAAGAUCAUGAGAAAAUUAUACUCGAACAAGCUGCCACAAAGGCACAGGCUGCUUUUAAGGGCUAUCUGGCUCGACGGGCAUUUCGAGCCCUCAAAGGCAUCAUAAGGCUGCAAGCGCUUAUCCGUGGCCACUUGGUUAGAAGACAAGCUGUUGCUACUUUAUUCUGUGUGCAGGGAAUUGUGAGGGUUCAAGCCCUGGUUCGGGGUCAAAAAGUUAGACGCUCUGUCACUAGGAUUGAAGUUCAUGAAAAGCAGAGUCUGGGAAAACAGCUGGAUGCUAAGUGUCCUUGUUCUUUUCAAACAAAUACAUCUACUAAGAUUCGGGCACAGAAUCUUUCAGAAAAUGCUUUUGUUUGUAAGCUUCUUGCACCAUCAUCGAGUGCAAUGCCUCUACGUUUCCAGUAUGGCGAAGGGGAGCCAAACUCAGCCUUGGAUUGGCUAGAGCGCUGGACAAACCUGUAUUUUUGGAAACCUCACGGACAAUCAAAGAAGAUUUUUGAUUCGAAGCGUCAGAUCAAGCUUGGUUGUCUUCAAACAGUAGAAACAGAGAAAGGCAGGUCAAAACACAGUAUACAGCCCACCGCAAAUGCGGAAAAUGGCUCAACACUUUCUUCUCUGGAGCCUGAAAAAUUUAAACGCAACUUCAAGAAAGCUUCGAGCCAGCAAACAACUUCUAUUCAUGAACAUCCACAUAAUGAGAUUGAGAAGGUUAAACGUAAUUUAAGAAAAGUUUCAACCACAGAAGCUUCUGAUCAGGUGGGGGUCGAUGGAGAGAAACCAAAGCGCAUUCUGAAGAAGGCUUUGAGCUCUGCUGCCCCUGAUAUUCUCGAGCCGGAUGUAUCUGAUUCUUCUAUAAAGACAAAGAAAGAUAUUGCAGUGGCAGUGCAAAAACAAGCUGAUGUAGAAACAAGCUUGAAACCAGCAGCAGUAGAUGAACUUGUUGAUGAGUUGCAUGAUCACUCUGCUAUUGACUUGCAAACUGAAGGGAACAAUGGUAAAGUUGAGGAUGCUCGAAGGACAGACAAGGAGCCUAGCUCUAUGGAUGAUCAGAUAAUUAAUGAGAACCAUAAAACCAGUAGAAGAAGGGCUUCUUUACCUGCCAAGCAAGAUAAUGUUGAGAAUGGAUCACAUAACGCACUAAGAGUGCCUAGCUAUAUGGCAACCACUAAAUCUGCUAAGGCCAAGUUUCGUGGGCAAGCCUCCCCAAGACUUGGCCAAGAUGAAGAUGAGAAGAAUGGUUUCAUGAGGCGCCAUUCUCUGCCAGCUGCUAUCUCUGGAAAACCAAAUUCAGUGUCCCCACGAGUACAGAGAGUAGUUCAAACAGGAGUCAGAGGGACCAGGAAUGAUAAGUCUAUACCUUCUAGGGAUGGUUGUGACAAAGUAAUCCAACCAGACUGGAGGAGGUGAUCUUUUCAAGAGUCAGGCUCAUGAAAAAAAUUUCCCAAAACAGAGGAAAAUCGAUAAAAGGGAAUAGAGGCGAUAAUGGCGAUCAUACUGAAAAGCAGCAGAAUUCUGUUUGGGGACAACUCAAAUUUGCACGAAGUGAAAACAAUAUCAUCUGUAUUGUAUAAAAGGACAAUUCUUAAUUGAGUUGGUCAAGAUGAAAUCUGUUUAUUGAAGUGCUUUCUCCGAGCAACAAAUCAAGUUAUAAUGGACUGUAUAAACAGCAUAAAGAGUAUUUCUGGUUCUUAUUGCUCGGUCCAUGUAUGCCUCUAUGUGACUGGAAACCCCUGGGAUGUGCUAAUUAUAUCUUUUGUUUAUUGUCAAUUGGUUCGUCUUUUAUUUUGUUGUCUAUUUGUUCAUCUUCUGUUCUUUUCCCCUUACUUUUGUAUUCUUGAAGGAAGACUGAUUCAUCUCUUUUUGUCACUCAGUAAAAUUUUCUGUUGUUAAAAAAGAUGAUGCUAAUUUGCAAUGGACGUUUUUGUUCAGCUA